ACUUGCGUUUCGUUUUCAAGUGCUCUUGAAAAAGAGUUACAAGCGGCACUCGAAGCGGAUAGGAAAUACCAGAGAGAAAAUGAUGCUAAGUUUCGUGCACUGCAUCAAAACGUAGCAAGCUACGAGGAGUUCAGAGACAUAGUACUUGCUUCUCACCUAAAGCCCCUCGAUAAAAAGGACAUCUCUGGUGCACCUCGAAAACAGCCGUGGAAUACAAUUGCUGCUGGAUCAAAGCAUAAAAGCACCUCACUUGAGGUAAUCCAGGCUCAGUUUUCUGAGAUACAACCAAGAAGUACAUCAGAAUUCAGCCGUGAGUGGCGCAGAUUUGGAGGAAGCUCACAUGAAAAGUAUAACCUCCUUGUCAGUCUGGGAGGCAAGGCAUUGCAGGAAAUCUUUAGCACUGAGGUUUGCUUUGGUCUUCUAGGCGAUUUCCUUCUCAUUCUGUCACAGGAUGUUAAGUCAGGGGAUGAGGUUAAAGUUACUGGAGUUUUGGACGGGCUCUCGAAGACUGGCCGUUUUAGCCUCAACCUGUCUCUGCUAAGUCAGGCUGAGCAGAAAGCCUGCAAGGAGCUUUUCAAUAGACUUUGUGCUGCUGUUGGAGAAUGUCAGUCUUAUAAAGAUUAUUCCUCAGACCAGAGUCAACCAUCAGGGGUUUGUGAGGGCAGUCAUGUGAAAGCUGAUGAAACGGACUUAGCAGUACAACUUAAGGGGUUAAUGGAGAAAUAUGGCAUCCAAAAUGAAUUCAUGUAA